AUGGUCGAGGCAGUGCCAAUGCCGCUUCGGCGGCGGUGGCGAGUGCACUUGUUUGCCGCCGCGGUGGUUCUUGCCGUCGUCACAGCCGCGCGGGCGCAGGACUACAAUAACGGCGGCGAUGACGAUGAAGAGAAGGAUAAGCCGCAGUUCAAGGCGCAGGAGGCGUGCAACGGCGCGUUCUUGUCGUACACGUUCAUGGAGCGCACCAAGGAAUACCCGCACCUGAAGAACGCGACGGCGCAGGCGUACGCGUUCAAGGCGCAGGCGACGGUGCUCAACACAAUGACGGAGGACCUCACGGCGUGGCAGAUGUUCGUCGGCUUCCAGCACAAGGAGAUCCUCGUGUCCGUCGGCGGCGCCGUGCUCCUCGACGGCACCGAUUUCCCGGCCAAUGUGUCCGGCGGCGCCACCUUUGCGGGCUACCCGAUGGCGAACCUCCUCAACUCGAUCGAGACUGCUGGCGACAUGACGCAAAUUCAGGUCCAGAUCGACAUCACCGGCACCCAGUUUGGCAUCAAGCCCCCAGGCAAGCCCAUGCCCAAGACCAUCAAGCUUGCCAAUCCCGGUUUCCGAUGCCCCGCCCCCACCCACAAAGAUAGCGUGAUGUACGUGUGCUGCGUCAAGGACCGCAAGUUCAAGGCGAAGAAGGCCAACAGCACGCGGUACCUGCCGCGGCAGAAGGCCGACCUCACCAUCGCCUACGACGUGCUGCAGGCGUUCGGCAACAAGUACAUGGCGCAGGUGACCAUCGACAACUGGAGCCCCAUCGGCCGGCUCGACAACUGGAACCUCACCUGGGAGUGGAAGCGCAGCGAGUUCAUCGAGAACAUGCGCGGCGCAUACACGCUGCUCAAGGAAGGCCCCGCCUGCGUCUACAGCCCGGCGUCGAGCUACUACAAGGACUUCGACUUCACCCCCGUGUACAACUGCGAGAAGCGGCCCGUCAUCGUCGACCUCCCCCCGGAGAGGGAGAAGGACAACGCCGUCGGCAACCUGCCCUUCUGCUGCAAGAACGGCACGCUUCUGCCGCCGACCAUGGACGAGUCCAAGUCCCGGGCCAUGUUCCAGCUGACGGUGUACAAGUUGCCGCCGGACCUCAACCGCACGGCGUUGUACCCGCCGCAGAACUGGAAGAUCGCCGGCAAGCUCAACCCACACUACGUCUGCGGGCAGCCCAUCCGGGUGAGCCCCAUGGAGUUCCCGGAUCCCACGGGGCUCAUGUCGACCACCCCGGCCGUCGCGUCCUGGCAGGUGGCGUGCAACAUCACGCGCCCCAAGAAGCGCGCCUCCAAGUGCUGCGUCUCCUUCUCCGCCUACUACAACGACUCCACGGUGCCCUGCAACACGUGCGCCUGCGGCUGCGCCGGCAACGACACCGCCAUGUGCAACCAGAACGCGCACCCGAUCCUGCUGCCGUCGGAGGCCAUGCUCGUGCCGUUUGACAACCGGACGGCCAAGGCUCGGGCGUGGGCCAAGAUCAAGCACUGGCGCGUCCCCAACCCCAUGCCGUGCGGCGACAACUGCGGCCUCAGCAUCAACUGGCACGUCAUGAACAACUACAAGUCCGGCUGGUCCGUGCGCAUCACCAUCUUCAACUGGCAGGACUACACCUUCAAAGACUGGUUCGCCGCCGUCACCAUGGGCGACCACUACAGCGGCUACGAGAACGUUUACUCCUUCAACGGCACGAGGAUGGGCAAGCCCUUCAACAACACCAUUUUCAUGCAGGGCCUGCCGGGGCUCACCUACCUGGAGCCCAUCACCGACGGCAAGACUCCGGACGAUCCCAGGGUGCCCGGGAAGCAGCAGUCCGUCAUCUCCUUCAAGAAGAAGGACGCACCUAACAUCAAUAUUCCCAGAGGGGAAGGCUUUCCCAAGAGGGUCUACUUCGACGGCGAGGAGUGCGCGCUUCCCGACACGAUACCAAGGGUGUCCAGUGCGCGCCGGCGGGCACGUCCCGCGAGCCUCUUGCAGCUUGUUACCGGGGUGGCCAUUAUAAUGAUCGUGGCUGUUGUGGACUCAUUCUGCUUGUGA